GGAAGUAGGCGGGGCCGGCCCGGAGCAGCUCGUGGGGAGUACUGCGGCAGGCUGGCAGGCUGGCAGGUGAGGCCCCCGGGGUGCCGGGGAUGAAGAGCAAGGGUGGAAGACUCGGACUAGGGUGGCGGUCACGUCGGGGCCCGAGGUGCACGAGGUUGACUGAGGACGAAAUUGAGAGAGUGAAGACUUGGCCGUAGACCAUCUCACCCCAGCCUAGCCGCGAGCCCCCCCGGGAUGCACUGGGCAUGGCCUCUGGAGCCCCACAGAACAGCAGCCAGAUGGCCUGUGAUGGCGAGAUCCCAGGCUUCUUGGACACGUUCCUCCAAGACUUCCCAGCCCCACUGAGCCUGGAGAGCCCUUUGCCAUGGAAGGUUCCAGGGACAGUACUGAGCCAGGAAGAGGUGGAGGCUGAGCUGGCUGAGCUGGCCAUGAGCUUCCUGGGUAGCAGGAACGCUCCUGCACCCUUUGCUUCGGCUGUGACCCACGAGGCAAUUUCCCAGCUACUACGGACAGACCUUUCUGAAUUUAAGAAGUUGCCUGAACAAGAGGAUGAAGAGGAUGAGGAAGAGAAACCCCUUGUGACCUUACUGGAUGCCAAAGGCCUAGCACGGAGCUUCUUUAACUGGCUUUGGGAAGUAUGUAGCCAGUGUCCAAAGCAGAUGCUGUUGACUGCCCAGGCCCCUCAGCGGCAGUGGCUGGUUUCCAUCCAUGCCAUCAGGAACACACGACGCAAGAUGGAGGAUCGACACGUGGCCCUUCCUACCUUCAACCACCUCUUCGGCCUGUCUGACUCCGUGGACCGCGCCUACUUCGCUGUGUUUGAUGGCCAUGGGGGCGUGGACGCUGCAAGGUAUGCCUCUGUGCACGUGCAUGCCAAUGCAGCUCACCAGCCAGAGCUGCUCACCGACCCGGCGGCAGCCCUCAGAGAAGCCUUCCGGCGCACCGAUGACUCGUUUCUCUGGAAAGCCAAGCGAGAGCGACUACAAAGUGGCACCACGGGUGUGUGCGCACUCAUCACAGGAACGACCCUGCAUGUCGCCUGGCUUGGAGACUCCCAGGUCACCCUGGUACAGCAAGGACAGGUAGUGAAGCUGAUGGAGCCACAUAGACCAGAGCGGCAGGAUGAGAAAGCACGCAUUGAAGAGCUAGGUGGCUUCGUUUCCCUCAUGGACUGCUGGAGAGUCAACGGGACCCUGGCAGUAUCUAGAGCCAUUGGGGAUGUCUUCCAGAAGCCCUAUGUGUCUGGCGAGGCGGAUGCGGCAUCCAGAGAGCUAACAGGCUUGGAGGACUACCUGUUGCUUGCCUGCGAUGGCUUCUUCGAUGUUGUCCCCCACCAUGAAAUCCCGGGGCUCGUCCACAGCCACUUGGUCAGGCAGAAUGGAAGUGGGUCACAUGUUGCUGAGGAGCUGGUGGCUGUGGCCCGUGACCGGGGCUCUCACGACAACAUUACAGUCAUGGUGGUCUUCCUUAGGGACCCCCUGGAGCUGCUGGAGGGUGGAGCCCAGGGGGCAGGGGAUGUCCAAGCAGAUGUAGGAAGCAAGGACUCGCCCACUGGCCUCUCAGAGCUUGGGACCAGUACCUCACAGAGAAGCUAAGUGGUUGAGGCCUCCAGACCCCAUCCUGUUUCUCCCCCUGCCUUUGUGAUCCCUCCCCUUCAAAGACCUUAGCUCCAACAGGUAUAGUGGGCAGGGGUGCAUACCCUAACAACAUUCCCUUAGCAACCCAGCCCUUCAUGUUGCCUGCCACAGCCUGUCCUCAUAGAUGCAGAACUGCAGAAGACAGCAAAUGAAUCUCAGAAGGAAGCAUAGGAACAUGACCUCACCAAAGAGUACAUGGCUGAGGGCAUCAGGGCAGGACAGGGCUGGGCACAGAAACCACAGGCACCUCUUGGCAGCCUAACCAAAACACAGGUCAGGUUAUGGGGAACCCUCACACAGACCUGUCAGGCCCAUCCUGGGCGGAGACCUGCAACUAAGUGUCCAGCCCAGGACUGUAGCUUCUCACUGUCCCCAGGGUCGGGAGGGCCUCGUCUGCACUAACAGAAGGCUUGUCCUGCUCAACUGCUGGCUUCCAGAGAAGAGGCAGUGGUCUUACUGGGAGGAACACCAGGGGCCUGGCCCUCUGCCACUCCCCUCUAACUGAGUACAAAGGACAUUCGGGCCUUCUAAACCUCUCUCUCUCCCUUGAGCAUCUGGGGGAGGUGAAGUCAGAUUGUUUGUUGCAUAGAUUUAUUGCAGGGAAAGGUCUAAUCCAGAGUCAGUAUUCAGGUUUUGUCGUGUUUUAUCAGUGCCAAGCUGACCCACAAGGUCAUGUGAUUUAAGCAAAGCUUAGCAUUUAUUUUAUUCCUGAAAACUUAAGUAUUUUACAUUGUGUGUUCGUGGAGACAUUUGCAGUAUUACUGAUUUUUUUUUUUUCCUAAUUCAGGAUGGAAACUAACUUUUCCAGGUUGUGUUAAUAAGCCACUUAAGUGCCUUAAACAGCUUUGGCGUAGGUGAGAACUGCUGGGCCCAUCAUGGAUCCUGAUAGGCAGACAUGUUGGGGUUCUCAAAUAGGCAGCAUUUAUUGUGGGAGGAAAUGCUUUGGGAAGGCAGUCUUUCUGGGAAGGUCCUUUUGUGCUUCUGGGCACCUCAGAACUUUGUUGAAAUGAUCAGCAGAGGCUGUAACUGUGGGCAUCUGAGGCAACACCAGCCUCCUUGUCCACACUUGGAUCCCUACUGGAUCCCCUCUGGGAGGACCGUACUACUCUUGGGCUAAAGCUUUGGACACUCUUGGUGUAUUUGUAGGCACAUGGACUGAGUCAUUGAGGAUGGUGCUAGGUAAGGAAUUUUGGCAAGCCCCUCAGUCUGGUGUCUUAGGGAGGGACACCAGAAACUGCUAGCAAUUUGACAGCUACAGUUGCCACCUUUCUCCUGUGGCUGCUCUCCUUCCCUGCUGGACUCUGUCUCCUACCUGAGCAACAGGAAAAACCUCCACAUCCCUAGUGCUGUGAAGUAUAAAAUCAGGCAUGGGGGCUGGAGAGAUGGCUCAGAAGUUAAGAGCACUGGCUGCUCUUCCAGAGGUCCUUGAGUUCAAUUCCCAGCAACCACAUGAUGGCUCACAACCAUCUACAAUGAGAUCUGGUGCCCUCUUCUGGUCUGCAGGCACACAUGCAGGCAGAAUACUGUAUACUUAUUAAAUAAACCUUUAAAAAAAAUCAGGCACAGAAACCAGGCAGAGGGAGGGACACCCAGAGUAGAAGGUCUAUGGAGGCCCUCAGCAAGGGCCACGUGUGAGUCAAGGCUCCUCCACGCAGAUACUAGCAGGCCAAGAGGAUAAUGGGUGGCUUAGCAAAGGCUCGGGGAGGACAACAGUUAGAAGAAGCUUGGCUGUGUGGUCCCCAAGGAGACGAUCAUAGUCUGCCUGUAGGGAGCAGAGCCCUAGCUCAGUGCACCUAAGCCAUCUUUCAAAAGAAGCAAGGGUGUUUUUGCCCCUGAGGCAAGCCCACGGCCCAGCAGCAGGGGAGGAAGCCAGCCAUAUUUGGUUGGGCACACCAGCUGCAUGGUUGGUGUUUACCUAUUCCCACAUCAGGGAUGGAGGACUUGGGGCCAUUCCUUGGUCAUACUCUGUUGAUAGGAAGCGCUCUAGACACACGGUAGCCCACCAUAAUGACUGGGUAUUGCUCAACCUGAAGGCCAGCUGCCAUCUGGGGGUCAGAAUCUGGGAUCCCCCCUACAUUCUCAGCACAGAGAAACAUGUAGUUGUUGGUCCAGCUUGCCUGUAGCAGUGACCUUGACAGAGGAAGAUGUUGAUUUUGGUUUUCUCCCUUUUUGCUAAUCUUUCUCUGUUCAUUGCUGGUAAGAGUGGAAUCUGAACCCACAUAGAUGUUCCUUGAUGGUCUCGUUCAUACGCACAUGUAAGGUCGUGCCAGAUACCAAGGCCUCGGUGUAAAGGGAAGUCCCUUUCCCAGUCUUGAGUGCCUCUGCUACCCCUCACCCCAUCUGCGGCGGUGAUAGCCAUGCGCCUGCCUGGCAUUGGUCCAGGACGAACGUUAGGCACCAAGGGAGACCACGUACCCCUGGUGUUGAGGGCUGGUCUUGUGCAUAGAAAAGGACUCUUCUAUCCUGAUUGGAGUUGCCAGUACCUAGCCCACGAGACUUCUUGGCCACCUCUUCUUCAGGCUCUCAUCCCAAGAGGAUCCCCUAACCAGAGUGAUUGCACUUCCCAAGGCCCAGCUUUGCCACCAUCACACUAUAUUAGCUGAACAAGUCACUGUACCUCUCUGAGCCCCGGUUAGCCUUUAGGGUAAGGCAUGGAGAAUGUGCACAGCAUUACCAGCAGUUGCCAGAGCAGAGGAGCCCAUCCUCCACCAGCAGCAGAGAGUUUUAAGUAUUAUUAGUGUCUAUUCUUAAGAUUCAGUGGGCUGGAAAAAGAGCUGAGUUACAGACGCCAGUGUCUUGCGUGGAUACAAAAGCUGAAACAGCCAAGCUGCUUUUGCAGGUACAGCUGCCUCCUAACCUAAGGCCUGUAGGAGUAAGGGCUGGGAGGGCACAGGCAGGCGUUAAAUCAGAAUCCAGGCUCGGAGGUGGCGUGUUUUUAGGGGUGUGGAAACGAGGUAUCUGCAGCGCGGCGUGAGACUCAGGACUAGUGGUGGCAGAGUCACAGGCAGCGAGGGCCUUGGGAAAGCCCCUGCCCUUCACCAUGCUCUGUCUGCCCCUGCCCUCUUGGGUCCUGCAUGCAGUUCCCCGCCUCCCAAUGGUAAGUUUCAGCAUGGGUGUCCUGGCUACCUCAACUGUAUUCUCGGGGUCAGAAGGACGGCCCUGGCCAUGCUGUAUGAAAGCCAGGUCAACUUGUGUAAAGCAAGCCGUGCUUCUGGUUUGAUUCUGCCUCUGUAGCCUCCAGUGAUCACCCUCUGGGGUCCUGUGCUUUCUACGGCUUUACCAAACACCAAGCUUUGCCACGUACAUGCCAUUUGGGUCUUGCCAAGGGUUAUUUCAAGGGGCAUUCUGGGAGUCUUGUUGUAAGACACCGUGUUUCUCCAGUCUUAGGGACAGGUUCCAAGGUGAUGAGCUCAUAGGAAAGUGUUCCCCUGGGGUCCCUGUACUGGUGUCAAUAAACCAUGUAUUCAAGA